CCUUUGUUAAGGCUGGACUGCGUGCAGUCGCAGGUGAAUCGCGAUCAAGAGAUUUGCCCUACAUAAUUUCUCACUGCUGCCCAUGUCCUUGUGGUCCCCGAGAAGAGAGCAUAUUGGAGAGCUUGACGCUGCAAUGGCUUGCUCGAUCCAGUCUGCGUCAUCGACCAGAUCGACAGCGAUCCAGUCUGCGUCAUCGACCAGAUCGACAGCGAUCCAGGAUCUGGCGCGACCAGAAAGGGCAAUCUGAAAUCCACCAAUCACACAGUAGCUCGAGUCGGCGCGGGCCAAUCACAGAUUAAUUGGCCGACGAUGAAGUCGAUUGCGAUCCGCCAUGAGGCCGUCAAGGUCUGCGAGGAGCGCAUCGUCAUCGACGUCGACGAGAGCCAUCGCCUCGACAUCUCGCUGCUGCUGGACGAGCACGAGCUCGCGCCGCUCUUUUGCGGCGCUGCGUGGGCCGGUACGCUCGUGUGGGAAGCCGCCGAGCUCAUCUCUAACUACGUAUUAAACGAACUCGACGUGCGCAAUCUGCGUGUGCUCGAGCUCGGCGCCGGCUUGGGCGUUCCCGGCAUGGUCGCUGGCAUCCUUGGCGCGCCGCACGUGGUCCUCACGGAGCAGCCCGAGCUUGUGCCGCUGCUUCGCACCAACAUCCGGCGCAACUUUGCCGCUUCGUCGUCCAACGUCGAGGCCGCCGUCUUGAGCUGGGGCACGGCGGCGACGACAGCCUUUUGUGCCAAGUACGGCGCUUUCGACGUUGUCCUGUGCUGCGACUGCAUUUACGAGCCGCUGUACGGGCAGUCGUGGCGGGCGCUCGCCCUCUCGAUGGACGUGCUCUGCGCCUCCAACCCUGCGUGUCGCGUGCUCAUGUCGGUCGAGCGUCGCCACGGCGAUGGCAUCGACUCGUUCCUGGCGUUUCUUCCAGACGCCACGUCGCUUGCGGCCACGCUACACCGCAGCGUGCCCAAGACAACCAAAGCGCUUUGCGACGAAGGCGACGUGCUCGAGAUCUACUGCAUCCAGCGACGAGCGGCGCUGAGCCAGUAGGACGCCAACGAGGUCCAACAGAGCGCUUGUGUAUUCAUAUAUCGUGUCGUGAGGACACCAUA